AAGAGAGCCAGAGAUACACAGAGAAACGUUGUCUUGGAAAAGACAAUCCACCCACCCCAAUUAUAGAUUGAAGGGGUGGAACACUGAUGUAUAGUGCAUUCCUCAAACUCUGAAUUCUGAGGGCCACAGGUGACCCCGAGUCCGGCACAUACGCGCUAUGAGCUCAGACGUCCACCCGUCUAAACAACACAAAUAAGUUUGCCACUGCAGAUCCCAAUAGGCAACUCCAGCAUAGUCCAAACCACAGGGCCUGUUCCAAGGGCCUACAAGUUCGCCGCCUUUUGGGGGCGGGGCCAGAGCGCGGUUCAUUCAGCACGUGCUCGGGGCGUGGCGUGCGCAGAGGGCGGGAACGCGGAGGCGGGAAAGACGGAAUGGAGCGCCAAGGAGUGGCCGUGCCUCCCGUGGAGUUAAAGGACCAGGAACCGCCAGCGAUUGUGGAGAGCGGAGAGCAUCAGCAGAAUGAGAACCACGAGGAGACACCUAGCUCAGUGGCGCCGAGUGCCAGCUGCCAACUACCAGGACCCUUCUCCUCUCUGGACUCUAGCAUUGAAACCCUGAAGAAGAAAGCCCAGGAACUGAUUGAAAACAUCAAUGAAAGCAGGCAGAAAGACCAUGCACUUAUGACUAACUUCAGGGACAGCCUCAAGAUGAAGGUUUCAGAUCUGACAGAAAAGUUGGAGGAAAGGAUGUACCAGGUAUACAGCCACCACAGCAAAAUCAUUCAGGAAAGACUACAAGAAUUUACCCAGAAGAUGGCAAAGAUCAGUCAUCUGGAAAUGGAGCUCAAACAAGUUUGCCAAACUGUGGAAACUAUGUACAAGGACCUAUGUGUCCAGUCUGAGGUAAGAAUUUGGGGGUGUAUCCUGUGAGAAAGGAGACCGGAAAGUAAACAUGAAUAGGACUUGACUUCUUUCCCCUCCCCUGAAGUGUAGGGAAUCAAAUCCAGGGCACAUGAUUUGCACAUGCCAGACGAGUACUGUCACUGGUACCCACCCCAAAUCUAGGUAGUAAACAGGACUUUUACUAAUCCCUACACUGCCAGUCCCAGCCCACAGGGUUACAGUCUCUGUAAAAGCCUUUGAUCUGCUACGUUGUUGGGAGUUUGUAGUCACCUGGCUGGACUGGAAGCCAAACUAUUGUCCAUGUUAUUGUGUAGUUAGCUGUCAACAAAGUGUCCCCCGCUAGUCAGAAUGUCUAGCUCAAACUCUGUGUGCUAUUCCAGAGUGGCACAACCCUAGGCAUACUUAUCCCUCCUCCGAGAAAUCCCCCAAACUACCUCUCAGUGGUUACCAGUAAACCUAGUCCAGUCCCAAGGAGUAAGGCACAGGCUUUUUAUUUUCCUCUUUUAUCUGCUCAGUGUUGAACACAGAAGGUACUGUUCCUGGGAUAGAGGCAGGAAGGCUCACUGUAAAGUCCACUACACCUUCUCACAAGGUCUGCUCCGUCUCGGUGGCUUCUGUGUCACUCCCCUUUGUCUCUUCCAGUUCCAAAAAACUUAAAACAGGGUAGAUGGAGUCUGAUUUCAUCCACAAUUAAAAAGCACUGAGGGCCACUGAGAAUUAAUUUCAUCUUCUUUCUAUAGAGC